UUUUUAAUCGUUCAUGGUAAGAGAGCGCCGGUCGAAGACAGAAAAGAAAGGGAGAGAAAUUUGAUAGUCUGUCUAAUGGCGCUUCUUCUGAGGCCCUCGGCUCCUUAUCAUCUCUGCUCUCUCAGAGUCCGCUUCAUGGCGUCUCGCUUCCUGGCUUCUUCUUCUUGUCCGCCUCUCUCUCCUUCGUUUUUCUCUUCCUCUCGUCCUUCCCUCUUCUUCUUCAAGCCCUCUAGGAAGAAUUUUCCGUUGAGAACGAAUUCGAGUCGCCUUUUGACUGGAAAUGCGGUGUCUCCGAGGGCUUUCAUGUCGACGAGCACGUCCGAAGCUCUGCAAGGGAGUGCGAGCUCAAAAGCUUACGGGUCUGAUCAAAUUCAGGUACUGCAAGGCUUAGACCCUGUUAGGAAAAGGCCAGGGAUGUAUAUUGGAAGCACAGGACCUCGUGGUUUGCACCAUCUGGUUUAUGAAAUAUUAGAUAAUGCUGUGGAUGAGGCUCAAGCGGGUUUUGCUUCAAAGAUAGAUGUUGUUUUGCAUGAAGAUGAUUCUGUUAGCAUCUCCGACGAUGGUCGUGGGAUUCCUACCGAUAUGCACCCGGUCACAAAGAAAUCUGCCUUGGAGACUGUGUUGACGGUAUUACAUGCGGGUGGCAAAUUUGGUGGUUCUAGUAGUGGAUAUUCUGUGUCAGGCGGUUUGCAUGGUGUGGGUUUAUCUGUUGUUAAUGCUUUGUCUGAGGCACUAGAAGUUACCAUUUGGCGCGAUGGAAUGGAGUACCAGCAAAGAUACUCUCGCGGGAAGCCUGAGACAACUCUAACAAGUCAAUUACUUCCACCUGAAUUAAAAGAUCGUCAAGGAACACACAUCAGAUUUUGGCCUGACAAAGAAGUAUUCACUACCGCUAUUCAGUUUGACUACAACACAAUAGCUGGAAGAAUUAGGGAGCUAGCUUUUCUCAAUCCUAAGCUCACUAUCACUCUUAAAAAAGAAGAUAAUGAUCCGGAGAAGAACCAGUAUAAUGAGUACUUCUAUGCAGGGGGAUUGGUUGAAUAUGUGACAUGGCUAAAUACUGAUAAGAAACCGCUUCACGACGUCGUGGGUUUCAGUAAAGAGAAAGAUGGCGUCACAAUUGAUGUAGCUCUCCAAUGGUGUUCGGAUGCAUAUUCAGACACAAUGCUGGGAUACGCUAAUAGCAUACGUACUGUUGAUGGUGGCACCCAUAUAGAUGGUACAAAGGCUUCUUUAACAAGAACUCUGAAUAACCUUGGGAAGAAGUCAAAGAUUAUGAAGGAUAAGGAUAUUACUCUAGGCGGUGAACAUGUAAGGGAGGGAUUAACAUGUGUUGUCUCAGUCAAGGUUCCAAAUCCAGAGUUUGAAGGACAAACAAAGACAAGGUUGGGAAAUCCUGAGGUGCGAAAAGUGGUUGAUCAAUCCAUUCAAGAGUAUCUUACUGAAUACUUGGAAUUACAUCCAGAUGUACUUGAUUCAAUCCUUUCUAAGUCUUUAAAUGCUCUCAAGGCAGCUCUGGCAGCAAAGAGGGCUAGGGAAUUGGUGAGACAAAAGAGUGUAUUAAGAUCAUCAUCACUUCCUGGAAAACUAGCUGAUUGCUCAUCCACUAAUCCUGAAGAAUCAGAGAUCUUUAUAGUUGAAGGAGAUUCAGCUGGCGGAAGUGCAAAACAAGGUCGUGACAGGCGCUUUCAGGCUAUUCUCCCUCUGAGGGGUAAGAUUUUGAACAUUGAAAGAAGGGAUGAGGCAGCUAUGUACAAAAAUGAAGAGAUUCAAAAUCUCAUUCUUGGUCUUGGGCUUGGAGUAAAGGGGGAGGACUUUAAAAAGGAGGCUCUACGGUACCAUAAGAUUAUAAUCUUAACAGAUGCUGAUGUAGACGGUGCUCACAUUCGAACGUUGCUGUUGACAUUUUUCUUUAGAUAUCAGAGAGCCUUAUUUGAUGAAGGUUACAUAUAUGUUGGUGUUCCACCCCUCUACAAGGUUGAAAGAGGAAAGCAGGCGCACUACUGCUAUGAUGAUGCUGAACUUAGAAAGCUUCAGAGGUCUUUCCCUCCAAAUGCAUCAUACAAUAUUCAGAGGUUCAAAGGCCUGGGAGAGAUGAUGCCAUUACAAUUAUGGGAAACAACAAUGGAUCCAGAGCAAAGGCUGCUAAAGCAGUUAGUGGUUGAAGAUGCUGCUGAAGCAAAUGUUGUCUUUUCCUCCCUUAUGGGUACUCGGGUGGAUUUCAGGAAGGAACUCAUACAGAAAUCUGCAAGCAUGAUUAACCUUGACCAGUUAGAUAUUUAAUGGCGCCACAAUGCCGAGAGAUAAGUGAAAACUUGGUUACAGUUAUACAGUGGUAACACUGAGGCUUCAUAGGUGUAUCUUCUGAUUCUUUGUGAUUGGCACCAUUUGCGGAGGUGUCCAAUUUUCCUGAUCAUUGGGCUAAAAUAUGUGGAAUUGCUCCUCUUUUGGAUGGGAGGGAAAAUUUAGGUAGGCAGAUAGAUGGAGAUUUUGCCGCCGUGUACAAAUACUAUUCUUCACAUGCUAGAGACCAACAAACAGUUUUUGUAUGUGCACUGCACCCUACUUGCUGUUUGUUCUGUGUCCUCUUGGCUGUUCUAGAAUUUUCAUGACAAAAAUUGUAUAACAUUUUUGUAUUAUUUAGAGUGUGUUUGGCAUUGUGAUUUCGCAUAUAACAAAUGUGGUUUUAA